UAAAGCUGGUUUCACUUUUUUCUAAACCGAUUUUGAUAGAUUUGCGUCUCAGUGUUGUAUCGCGAUAUUUUCCUGCAGAUAAUUAUUACUUUGAAUUCUUAUACGACGAUGGAAUUAGAGGAAAAAUGUUUCACUAUCAAAUGGCGGUUAGAGAGCUACAAAUUCUUACAAGGCAAUAUAUGUUACAGUCCCUGGCUCAGCGUGGAUGCUUUGAUAUGUAGAUUAUCCUUGGGCCGAGAACCAAGUUUAUGUGGCUAUGUAAAACUUAAUAUCGAAAGUGAAAAUAGUGCAUCCACUGAGAAAUUUAAAUUCCGUUUUCUUUGUUCCUUGUCUUCAGAUCAUUCGUCAUCACCUCCAUUUGAAGCAGAGGAUAUUGACGCAUUUUAGCCCGGUUCACGGAAACUGUUGCUGCUAGUAUCACAGAAUAAAAUUUUUAAAGAGGAGUCAGGUGUGCUUAUUCCCCCCAACACCUUCACUGUGCUAUGCAAGUUAUGGAAAGAAGGAGGAUCUUUGUCUGAAGGUGCGGAAUAUAUGAUCGAAACAGAAGCAGAAGUGGAACGGGUGUCUUUCGUAGGUGUGGUUGAAGCUUUUGGCGAUUUAACUUCCGACGGAACGAAACCUAUUCGUAUUAUAUCCACAUCUGGCGAAAGUUUGCAGUUUUCAAUGAAUAUCGGCCUAACUCGUGAUCAAACAAUUUUUCUGGAAGUUAAACCUUUGAAUUGCGAAAAGACAGGUGUGUGCAGAUGUCUGUUGAACUUGCUUGAUAGCACAAGAACUAAAAUAGCCGGAGAAGGCUGGUUUAGGUAUGAUCCGAAGAAACGCGGAGAACAAGGCAGUGGAUGGAAAAUACCGCUGAAAUUCCCAGAAAGACAUCUGAUGUAUUUUGGGAAUCAAUAUUUUCAGAAAGAAUGUCUGGAUGGGGAAAUAGCAUUUUGUACUGGAAACUACACGAAUAAAAUCUUAAAAAUGAAAUGUGAAACUAAUUUGUGUAACAGCAUCCAUCAAGUGCUCUCUAGUAAGCAGAAUGUCACUGAAAAUAUUGAAGAAGAGAAUCGUCUCAUAUUCACAGUGCAAGAUGAUCUAAUGUCUUUGCUCUCCAGUGGUAACUUCUCCGACACGACGCUGCAAACACCAACAGAAACAUUUCCUGCCCACAAACUUAUUCUGAGUGCAAGAUCUCCUGUAUUCAGAGCUAUGUUUACCAAUAACAUGAAAGAAAAUAUUAAAGAGUGUGUACGUAUCGAAGAUCUUGAUGCAGAUACGGUGCGCCGUUUACUUUUAUUUUUGUAUUCAGAUAGUCUUAAGGAUCUAGAUUUAGAGAGCGCGAAGAAACUAUAUUUUGCUGGAGACAAAUACGAAGUCCUUAGUUUAAGACACAAAUGUGCCCAUUUUUUAGAGAAAAAUCUUUGCCCAUCCAGUUGCUGUGAUGUCUUGGUGCUAGCAGAUAGACAUAGCGAUUCCUGUUUGAAGAAAGUUGUGCAGGAGUACAUCUCACACCAUGAUAAGGAAGUUUAUCAAACGGAUCAGUGGAAACAACUGGAACAAACAAAUCCAGUUUUGACUUUUGAAACACUUCGUGUCAUGUAUGAAAAAAGUAGGAAAUUUACAUAAUUUCAAUGAGGCUUUAUGCAUUCUUCGUUUGAAAUUUCUUGAAUACUUUAUCCUUGUGGCAAAAAAGAUUAGUACAGGAACUUUCUGGUGCAAAAUUGUCUUCAUAUAUCAAACAAGGUUAUUUCAGAAUUCAGUUUCCUUUUGCAUGUCUAUUGCAAACACAGAAUCAACAAUCAUUUAAAUGGCGGCGCAAUUGCAAAGAACCAGUUUCACCAUCACCUGGCGGAUAUUGAAUUAUAAAUUCUUUUCACAAGAUUGUAGUUAUUGGAUAUGUAGUCCAUGGUUCUUCAUGGACAAUUUAGAGAACAGCAAAUGGAGAUUAUGCUUAUCACCAGCAGAAGGAUUACAAAAUGAAUUUAUUUGUCUCGCCAUCACUCAUGAAAAAACAAGCAAUGUUUUGAAAAAUAAUAAUUUAGAUUACUGCUUUUCCGUGUCUUCAGACCAUCCUUCUUUACCGCCUUUUGAGGUAUCAUCUUCUCAAGAAUUUUUUGAUUACUUAGGCCGUCCAUGUUUAUAUGUUCCCAAAGAUAGAAUUUUCAAACUGAAGGCUGGAAUAUUCAUUCCAUCUGACACUAUAAUCAUCAAGAGCAAAGUAUGGAAAAGAGAAGGAACUGUUUCUGAAGAUGGUAAGUGCAUGAUAAUUACAAUUGCACAAGUGGAACAACUAUCUUUCGGAUGUGCAGUGGAAAAUUUCAGUGAUUUAGCUUCCUAUAGGAAGACAGAUGUGCGCAUUCGAUCCGCAUCAGUCGUAAAGCCCGUGACCUCUAUGAAUAUUAAUUUGACCAAUGGUGAAAUAAUUUUUAUUGAGAUUAUACCUUGGGAUUAUGAAAAGAUAGAAUGCUGCAAAUGUGCGUUAAAUCUUUUGGACGAUUCCGGAAAUGAGACGGAAUGUGGAUAUGACGAGUUUUCAUUUUUUAAUACAAAACAACAAUGUUCUUUGAAAAUUCCAUUGCAAUUUUCAAAGAAAAAUCUUAUGGAAUCUCACAAACAAUACCUGCAAAAUAAUUGUCUAUCCCUUCAAUGUGAUAUAGCAAUUUACACAGGUAAAUACAAAAGCAAAAUCAUAAAAACGAAAUAUGCAUCUAAUUUGUCUAAUAUCAUUGAACAACCGAUUUCUGGAGUACAAAGUGGCAAUGAGGUUCUUAAAGAAGAGAAUCAAGUUCCAUCAACAAUGCAGGAAGACAUGAUGUCCUUAUUUUCCAGUGGCAUACUCUCGGAUAUAAAAUUGCAAACCGCUACAGAGACAUUUCGUGCUCACAAACUGAUUCUAAGUUUGUGGUCUCCUGUGUUUAAUGACUUGUUUGCGAACAUGGAACACAAGAUUAAUGACUGUGUCCAAAUCAAGGAUUUAGAUGCAGAAACAAUGCGUCGUUUUUUAUUGUUCCUGUACUCCGACAACCUAACAAAUCUGAACAUGGAGAUUGCUAAGAAACUCUAUUUUGCUGGAGAAAAAUAUGAAGUCCUUGAAUUGAAGUGCAAGUGCUCUAAUUUUUUGCAGAAAAAUAUAUGUCUCUCUGAUUGCUGUGAUAUUUUGAUGCUGGCAAAUAAUUACAGCGAUUCCGAUCUGAAGAAAGCUGUGCAAGAAUUCAUUGCAGCGAAUGACAGAGAGAUUAUUCAAUCUGAUCAGUGGAAACUUUUAGAAGAAACGAAUACUAAUCUGGCAUUUGAAACA